CAGGUCACUGGAACUGUGUUUUGUCGUCGUUGAAACUCUGCACAUACCACAAAUUAGAUGGAUCAGGAGAUUGAAAGGUAGCUGUGGUGAAAAUGCAGACAGAGACGGCUGAGCAGGUUGUCAUCGACACCAGCUCCACCACCGUCCACACACUGGGGCCAAAGGAUGCCAGGAAGAUACGCUACAUGCAGAAAGAUGGCAGGUUUCCGGUUGUUUUCCACAAGGCCUCUGACUGGAGCCCGUAUUUGAUGGACAUCUUCACCACUUUAGUUGAAAUCCGAUGGAGGGUGAUGUUCCUCGUGUUUUCCCUGUCGUACAUUCUCUCCUGGAUCUUUUUUGGCCUUUGCUAUUGGCUUAUUGCCUAUGUGAAUGGGGAUGAUAGCAACGAUGAUGAUAAAAUCUGUAUUUAUAAUGUGCGUGGUUUCACUGGAGCCUUUCUGUUCUCAAUGGAAACCCAGGCCACUAUCGGUUACGGCUUCAGAGGGAUGUCUGAGAACUGCAUGGUGGCUAUCAUCGUGGUUACAGUUCAAGACGUACUCAGCUGCCUCAUUGACACCAUAAUCAUUGGUAUUGUUAUUGCUAAAAUGGCAUCUGCCCGAAAGAGAGCUCAAACGGUGGGUUUUAGCAACUUUGUAGUCGUCAGUUUGCGAGAUGGCGUGCUGUGUCUGUCAUGGCGUCUGGGGGACUUCAGAAGGAAUCACAUCGUGGAGGGUGUUACCACAGCCCAGUUGAUUCGCUAUGUGAAAAAACCAAUGGGCUAUGUUGUGAUUUCAUACCAGAACCUGGAAAUUGAAGAGCGGGAAAUUGUCCUAGCCACUCCCGCCCUCAUUAUUCACAAACUGCAGCCUGGUAGCCCCCUUUAUGGCCUGGGCCCUGAUGACCUACUGGAGGAAAACUUUGAGCUGGUGGUGUCUUUUACCUACACUGGUGACUCUACAGGCAUGCUCCACCAGACACGAACCUCCUACACACCUUCAGACAUCCGCUGGGGGCAACGAUUCCAGAACAUGCUGAAAGUGGGUAAGAGGCACUACAAAGUGGAUUACGCUCUGUUUAAUGAGACUAUAUGGGUGCCGGUGCCCUUGAUGAGUGCAGAGGAGUAUGACAGGAGGAGGCGCCCAGUAGAGCCAAACACUCCAUCCUUACAACCAGACAAGAGGAGCAGACACACCUGUGCAGUGACUCCAGACAGUACUGAAGAGGUGAUGCACCAAACCUGCCUGUAG